AUGACCAACCCUCAAGAUAUAAACAAAACACAACGCAGACGAUCAAUAAAUUUAUUAACUAGAUCGCCAUUAUCUGGAUCACCAUCACCAUUUGCUACAACGCCAACUGGAGGAGGAGGGGGAACUGCUAUUUCAAGCAGUAUUUAUGGAUCACGGUGUGGGUCACGAGGUGGAUCGCAGAGUAAUUCGUUUGUUUCUAAUACUCCAUUUUUAAGAGAUGGGCAUGGUCUUACUGCAGCGCCGGGUGAUGUAACCAGCGACAACAUCGGUACUAACGGAGGCAGAGAGGAGGCUAUUGAUGACUCGUCGAGCUCUGCAUCCCCGCCUUCGAGAAAAACCUCAUUGCAUGGACAAAUGAACCAUGAUGUGUCUCAAUUUCAUAAACAAAGUAUUAGAGAGAAAGAAGAAACAUCAGUUGAUUUCCGGGAAGGGAUAGAUGAUCCUCGAUUGAUUUCCCAAUUAUCAAAACAUUUACCUUCUCAUGAAAACAGUUUAAAAAAAGAAGGUGGUGAUAUCACGCAUGAUUUAUAUAAAUUACAACAUGAUUUACAAGCAAAAAAACACCAGUCGAGUACUUUACAUAGAUCAAAGAGUUUUGAUGAUGGAUAUGUUUCUGACAAUGGGCUGGUUAAGUCACGAGCUAGCUCGUUUAACGUGCCUGGUGGAUUUCGAAGAGAGUUUUUAGUACAUCAACAACAGCAUCAACAACAGCAUCAACAGCAGAAAAGUGAUCCAGACCAGUUACAUAAACCCGAUAAUUCAUAUUCAUACACCGAUCAAAUACAGUAUAGACCCACACCCAAUUUCUUGACCAAAAAUUUCAUUGAGUUUCUUAGCAUUUAUGGACAUUUUGCUGGUGAAGAUCUAGAAGAUGAAGAAAUUGGAACCAAUUACAAAUACGCUCAAGCAGAUGAAGAAACACCAUUACUAGGACCAUCGCAAACAUCAUCAUCAAGUACAAUACCUACAGAUGCAGACGCAGACGCAAUUGACAUCAGCUACAACCCCAGGGGCACGGCAACUGAUACCAAAGCAUAUUUCUUGCUCCUUAAAGCAUUUGUCGGCACCGGUGUCCUAUUCCUUCCCAGAGCAUUCGCCAAUGGUGGCUUGGCAUUUUCGAUAGUGACGUUAACGAUAUUUGCCUUGUUAUCAUUUUGGUGUUAUUUAAUUCUUGUAUAUGCUAAAAUUGCCACUAAGGUCUCGGGAUUUGCGGAAAUUGGUGCUAAAUUGUAUGGCACUUGGUUACAACGAUUGAUUUUGGCAUCGAUUAUAAUUUCACAAAUUGGGUUCGUGGCCGCAUACAUUGUGUUUACGGCGGAGAAUUUGCGAGCAUUUGUUAAAAAUGUCAAUCUUGGUGGUGGUGGGAUUGAUGAGUUGGAUAUUGUUUGGUUCAUUGGAGUACAAGUGGUGCUUAUUAUCCCCAUGAGUUUGAUUCGUGAUAUCACCAAGCUUUCAGUUUCGUCAUUGUUAGCAAAUUUGUUCAUAUUGACGGGACUAGUCACUAUUAUUUAUUACAUCGGAUACGAAUGGGUGGUUUUAAACCAUGGAAAUUUUGGUCCAUCAGUCGAAUAUGGGUUCAAUCAAUCACAAUUUUCCUUAUUUAUCGGCACGGCUAUCUUUGCGUUUGAAGGAAUUGGAUUAAUUAUCCCCGUACAAGAGUCAAUGAUUCACCCCGCUCAUUUUCCCACGGUAUUAGCAAAAGUAAUGGGCACUAUUGCCGUAAUUUUCAUUGUUAUUGGUGGGAUGGGAUAUUUGACAUUUGGCAAACACGUGCAAACGGUUAUUUUAUUGAACUUACCCCAGGACUCAAUCAUGGUUAUAAUGACACAAUUUUUUUAUUCAUUCGCUAUCCUUCUUUCGACUCCAUUACAAUUGUUCCCGGCCAUUCGAUUAAUUGAAUCAAGAUUGUUCAAAUUGAGCGGUAAAGUAUCGACCCAAAUUAAGUGGUUAAAGAAUUUAUUCCGCACUUUAUUUGUCUUGUUUAUUGCUUAUAUUGCCUUUGUGGGUGGAGCAAAUUUAGAUAAAUUUGUUUCGUUUAUUGGAUGUUUUGCUUGUAUACCUUUGGUUUACAUGUAUCCGCCUAUGUUACACCUAAGAGGAUGUUGUGGUACCACUGCUAGGGAGGAGCUGAGUUUGAAUGAAGUUAGAUGGAGAUAUUGGUUGGGGAUCUUAGAUUAUAUAUUGAUUGCAAUUGGUGGAUUAGCUUUGGUUUAUACAACCUAUCAAAUUCUCUUCAUUUAG